AUGACAAGCCUGUCGAUGUUUAGUGGCUGCCCUCUUUCUUGCGUCAACCCCGGGGAGAGCAAUACUGAACCCAGCGUGGUGCUGCCACCUUUGGCAGGGGAGCACAUGGGGCACCCCACCGGCAGUUCCUUAAAACUCUGCCCCUCGCACAAUCUGCGAGACUACCCUGAGACGAGGGCCCGUGCAUAUGUUGACCAUUCGGUUCCCCAUCUUUCAGACACGGGAUACACCAGCCACCGGUUAGAACCCAGUCCUAGGGGCAUUAUUAUUGGGACAAAUCUGUCAGGACCAGGCAUGCCACCAGUCACAGAUCAACUGGCAUCAAGAUCUAACCAGCAUGGCACGACUGGAAGGUACCGUGACCUUCCCAGCUAUAGGGAUGGCAGAAGCCACGCUUUUUUCACGGCAUACCACGAACAGGCCAACGGCUCCUCCGACACUGCUCGUGAUUUCAGCAGCCAAGUAAUGCUGGGACUCUCCGGUGAUAUCCUCUCGAGGGUUCACCCCUACGGCCAAACGAUCAGCGGCCCGAGGGGCAACGGCCAACAACUUGUCACCCAAUUUCUGGGUCUCUACAAACCGCUGAACAUGGCUGUGCAGCGAGGAGGAGGCGACGCCUUCCUCAGGUGCUCCAGGCAAAAUCCCAACAACGAGCUGGUGUGCAAAUGGAGUGACAGCCAAGUGGGGGCCGGGAAGCAGCCCUGUGCCAGGACUUUUGGGACCAUGUAUGAACUUGUCACCCAUGUCACGGUGGAGCAUGUUGGCGGACCAGAACAGACCGAAUACGUUUGUCAGUGGGAAAACUGUCCACGGGACAGUAAGCCAUUUAAAGCCAAAUACAAGCUGGUGAACCAUGUAAGAGUCCACACAGGGGAAAAGCCCUUCCCCUGCCCAUUCCACGGAUGUGAAAAAGUUUUCGCAAGAUCAGAAAAUCUGAAGAUUCACAAGAGAACACAUACAGGUGAAAAACCGUUUAAAUGCGAGUAUGAGGGCUGCAAUCGGAGAUUUGCAAACAGCAGCGACCGGAAGAAGCAUUCUCAUGUGCACUCCAGCGAUAAACCCUACACUUGCAAAGUCAGAGGAUGUGAGAAAUGUUACACUCAUCCCAGCUCUCUACGCAAACAUAUGAAACUCCAUUGCAAGGCCUACAUAUCCAAAGCCAACGAUGAGCGCCUGGAGGAUGGGGAACACCUUGCCGAAGCCAGGUCUCCUACAACAGAGCGGCAAGACGUGUCCUCCCCUCCCUCCACGAGGCGGGCUCCACCACCUGCCUCUUCGCAAGGGUCCCUCUCCCCCGAGAUUCGAAACGACACGUCUCUGAGGUCACGUUUCCAUCACACGUUUGACAGCAGUUUGGACUACGCGACGCAUAGGUCACAGGCCCUCUUGGACCCUUUGUUGAUACAGCGGAGCAAUUACAGGCCCGAACCCUCACAAUACCCUUGCAACCAAACGAGCCACAGUUUUACUCAAGGACACAGGACUUUUGCAAAUAGCUCCCCUUUCCAGAAGAACAUUGUUAACGGCUGGUAUACCUGUCACAGUGGUGUGGACACCUUCUCGUUAAAACAGUGUAACGAGGACAUGUCAUCAGCCUAAUUUCGAUAGCCAGGCUGCUAGUCAGGCUGCCAUUCCCCGAACAGGUACCCAAGCUAUAUGUAGCCCAAAUUUCAAUUUGUCCUCCCAUUUCAAAUCACAAAUAUUUAUAAUAGCCUAUAGUGUACGUUGUGGAUGUAAGCUUUAAAUGUUAUAAAUGGCACUGUUUCAGUGUUGUGGUGUGCUCAGUUGGCAUUAUAGCAUAUGCAACGAAUGUCCCGUCUAGUGGUUCAAAAAGAAAACAAGUGGCCAGCAAAGGUGUAAAUCUGUAAUAUUAUAUACAAACAGUGUAGUCUGUUGCAAAUAUGACCCAUGUUUAUGAUCUGCUCAAUAACCAUAUAGACAGAAGACUAUAGUAGAAAUACGUUAUAUUACCUAGUGAUUAAAGUUCUUGGAUAAAAGAAAGCGUACAAUUAUUGUUCUAUGAUAUGUGAUGUUGAAAAGUCAAAAGAGUUGUUUCGAAAGCUGUGAACAUUUUUCUUCCUGUCAUGUCCAAUUUUGACGCCUAUCAUCAUAUUGUAAAAAGAAUGUUAUUUAUGUCUAAUUCUUGUUGAAAUCGUAAUUCAAAGGUAACCUAUUUAGGAUAUCGUGCGUUAAUUUAUUAUUAUUUUUUUCAAGUCACAUUAAACAUCACAUAAAAGUAGUGUGAAUUACGGGACCUGCGAGGCCUCACUAUUUUCCUCCCAACAUAGGGUGGGGCGUGAAUGUCUCCUGAUGCCUUUUCCCAAGAUGCCCCCGUCUUUUUCUUUCUUUUAAUAGUUAGUCUACAUGGAUAGGCUAUUUCAUAUAUCUCUGCAGCUCUUUUUGGAUCGACUGAGAAGCCAAUCUACAGUCUACUUGAUAAGAAUUAAAAUGUUUAAUUAAAAUUCUACUGUAUAUACUGUAACAUUAAUUAUGCAUUCAAUAUUCCAUUAAAGUGUCUCCAUUCUCUUUGA